GGAGGAGGAGGAGGAGGUCAGGGAGGGUUUCAAGGAGGAGGGGGCAAGAUGCCCCCGUACAAAUCCCGACUGAAGGGCGCGGGGCAGGUGCAAUUCAGCCUGAACCUGAUCAGGGCGGCCCAGAGAGAACUCCAGUUCCUCUACUUCGUCAACCGACACCCGGCUCUCUACCAAGGGCCCCUCGUCAAGAAGGCCAUUCAAAGAUACGAACUGCUAUGGCUGCCCCUGGCUGCCAACUGCACGGAGAAGAUCCUGGCGCCGCCCUCCGACGUCCACUGGGUAUGGUAUGUCCACAUGCUGGCGCCAGAGCACUACGCCAGGGAUUGUAAAAACGUCGUCGGGCAGAUAGUGGACCAUAAGCUUUUCAAACUCAAGGCGCUGAAGAAGGCCCACAAGAGGACAAGGAAGCUGUGGAUGGAGAUGUACCCUGACGAACCCUUUGAUGUCAUCCUGGACGGUUCUCAGCCUGUCUCUCUGUCGCAAUACACGUCACUCAUCAGCUACGAUCUGGAAGCUGCUGUUGGUCGCCAGAGUACCUUCUACUAUCAGGUGUCUCUCCCUCACUGCCUGACGAAGCCCUUCCUGAAGGAGGCGGUGGAGCGGUACAAGAAGUUCCUCUAUCUGAAGUCAAACCAUCCGUCGGAAUUCUUGGUGCCUUGUUACGACAUGGACAUCAUCUGGCACGCUCACAUGGUGCACCCGAAGAAGUACAUGAAGGACACCCAGCGGAUCCUGGGCAAGACCCUGAACCACGACGACUCCGUGAACGACCGCAGCCCCGGCUCGAAGCUGACCUGCUCCGACGGCGCCACCCGCCGGAUGUGGGCCAAGACCUUCGGCGAGAACUUCAGUCGCAACGGCUCCAUGUUCCGUGGAGAUCCGCCCUCGAAGGUCAUCGAACCCAUCCCGCCGGAAUUGAGGAAGGCCGCCCUUGGGUCGGCCUUCCAGUUACACGUCAAGAAGGUUGCCAUUGGUGGAGCGCCUCCAGGGACUCUCAAGAUAAAGCUCGUGCAUCAGUAUCGAAACUUGGAAAAACAACGGCUGGGAAAGAUAACAAUAUUCAAGGAACACGGCUACGACUUGUCCGAACACAACAUCAGCGACUUGGGCUUCGAGUUUACUUUGCCAGAUAAGGUAGUUCGGGACCAGUUCGUCCUGGAAAUGGUAAGCCAAAAGGACGGCAUUAAAUCCAUGUUGAGCAGCGGCUCUCAGAACUUUGAGUGUAACGGCCACUUCGACUUCACCGAGCUGCUGAAACUGAGGGAUGAGACGGCCACCAUUAUCAAGACCUUCAUCGAGAGAGACAUCCGGGUCCAGCUGACCUUCGGGGUGCGAAUCAUCACGGCGCAUCACUACACGACAAUGGCCGUCCUGACGGGGCCUUUCCGCCCGACGUGUCUGGAAGCCCCGCUCGUCCGCUCCCUCUACGGCAUCGUGCCCAACGUGUACAAUACGGAGAAUGAACAGGACAUCUACAAAGCGGAGAUGGCCACUCAUAGGAUAGUGAAUGACACCUGGCCUCAUCGACCUCAGGUGUUGGAAGUGGAGGUGUACCAUUCCCGCACUCUCCUCCACUCGGCAGUCCAUCUCUACGCGGAGAGUGCAUCUGGGAGACAUCUGGUGGCGAUUUCGCACACUGUCGACAACUCCACCAUCCCUACACCUCAGGAUUUGGCUUUUACCAAUGACGGAGGACACAACUUCCGCACUAUAUCCCUGAAUCCCCGCCGAGGGGAAAGAGCCAUGGUGAUCAAAACUCAUGACGGGGAUUGGGCGCUGGUCACAGCCGAAUGGGCCGGUCUGUAUAAUGGUAUUCCUUCAGUGACGUCAUCAGGAUCUCGCAGUCAGCUGAACGCGGAUUCUUUGCGGCUGAAUGGGAGCUCCUCUUCGCAGCGGGACAUGAACGGUUCGGAGGCUACUCUAGUGAACACCGACACCUCUGCAGGCGUAGUAGGAGUAGCAGGAGGAGUUGGUGGUGCUGGAGGUGGAGUAGGAGGAGGAGAAGUUAGAGGGAAACCAGGAUCUCCGGGCCACCUGCUUCUGCACAUUCACCAGCUUCGUCAGUACCAGUAUCGGUCGGUGAUUCUUCCCUACGAGAGGCGAGAGUACACAUUCUGCUUGGGCGGCGUCACUAUAGACAUGGAACGCGGUGUUCUGGAGGUGAGCAUGGGUAACCCCUCUCUGGUGGAGAACAUCCUGCUGGCCCUGAGCGCAGCCGUGCUGCACGUGCUGUGCCAGCCACGCCCAGAUCGCCCCGUCAUCGGGCAGACCAACAGGAUCCCCGUCGAGAAGCUGAGCCUCCUACACGCCCUCGGCUACUACGCCGACUCCACCCCCCACAACUCAUUCCUGAGAUCCUGCACCGGAGAUGGAUGCGGCGGAUGCGGGUCCUGCGGUGGAUGUGGGGGUUGCGGCGGCUGCGGAGGCUGCGGCGGAUGCGGAGGAUGCGGUGGCUGUGGUGGCUGUGGAGGUUAAGGAGCGCCGGCGCUAGGGAUCUCCAUCGUCUGUUUUUUUUCCUUUUCUUGUAGGCCUAUGUGGAUGUGUAGGCCCAAGAAACCGUCUCUUCAGCCCCACCGGUGAGAUCUUUUCUAAACUCAUCGGGAGCAUCUUCUCUGCAUUCCUUCUCAAGGAAUCCUACACCAGAAAGCAUCUCGAGAAAGAACGAUUUCUACCUGAAGAAAAUAUUCGCAACUGGGCUUCCGAACUCAGAAGGGUGGAAACCCACAAGGAAACAACAACAAAAAGUCACGCUCUCUUCUCAAGGUUUCUCCAAAAGCCAAAGAUUUGUGCAAAGCUAUAACUUUUUUUUUUUUUUACAUAUACGUAUUUCUUAAAAGACACGAUGGUGAGAAUUUGAAGUCCUAUAAUCUUGUAUUUUUCAUUUUUAAAGACUUUAUAAAUGCAUAUAAAUACUUACAUACAUAUAUUUUGAGUAACAGCCGUGAUCAUCUGGAGAUUCCGCGGGGUCUCUGGAUCAUCAGAAAUCACUCACGUGGUUAGGUGGAAGGGAUAGAGAAGCAUUCUUCUUCUUGCCGGAUCCCCAAAACCAACGAUACUGAGUAACCGGGAUCAAUCGAGUUCGGGAUUGUGUUCGUGAAUGCACUGUAGGUUUUAAGCACUUCUUCUUCUUCUUCUUCAUCUUCUUCAUUAUUUUUUAAAUCAAUCCUCUGGUCACUGUACCGCAGAUUUGCCCUGAACAGCGUUAAAGAACACAGAAUUAAACGACCCAUCUUCAAUCGUUCCUCUUUACUGUUGGGUGGCCCUUGUUUUAGUAGGCCUUCUGGGUAUAAACUUCUCCAAGUCUUUUUAUAUAUAUAUAAAUGGAUACGCGGAGUUCGCAUCAAGCUCUGGCGAACUUCGCCAAAGGGCUCUUAAAAUCUGCAUCGCACAACGGGACACAUCCGGGAUUUAUAGCUUCACGUGAACAGGUAGUUCUCAACAAUACUUUGUGAAUAAUAAAGGAAUAAAGUGUGUGUAUAUCUCCAAUGCCAAAUUUACCAGGGCUAAGUUUUUAUGACCGUUAGUACUUUGUUUUAUUGUGAAAGUACUGUAAAUGUAAAAAUCUUACUGCACAACAAUAUUCUACCCUCUGGUUGUUCUGGGCAACUUCGGUUAAUUCACGUCUCAUCCCGUUAAGUAGAACAAAAAUCAUUUUCUGAGUUUACCGGCCGCUACAUACUUGUAUCAAAAAAAGCACGUAUGAUUUACAUUGUAAAAUGCUUCGAGUAGACUUGUCAACAUUCGUUCAAACCAAUAAGCAUACGCGAAAAUACCGAUGAAUGUUUUCUUCAGUCUAGUCUCGCAACAUCCAGCUGUGGCAUUGCACCUGUGAUGACGAUUUUGUAUUGAACAAGCUGCAACUGCAGUUGCAACAAGUCUUGAUGAUAACAGUCAUGUAUGUAGCAGCAACCAAAUUGAUUUAAGCAAGUUAGCUAUUGUAGACAUUGCAGCAACGCGUAAAGCAGUUCGUGCAAGACGACUUUUCUUUUACAAUUCGACUUCUUUUCUACCAGAAUAGGAUUUUAGACCAGUACAACAAAGUUUCUUGAAAUUCAGGGCUUCGGGGGUUCGUUUUGGAAACCACCAGGAACAAAUGACGAUCAGUUAGCACCUCAGUGGCGUGAUCGGUAUGGUCUUUGCUUGCCACCUCGGUAGCCGCGAGUUCGAUUCUCGGGCAUUCCCAUGAGGUGUUAGAGAUGUGUAUUUCUGGUGAUAGAAGUUCACUCUCGACGUGGUUCGGAAGUCACGUACAGCCGUUGGUCCCGUUGCUGAAUAACCACCGGUUCCAGGCAACGUAAAAACACCAUUCAGACAAACAAACAAACGACGAUCAGUUUCGUUAAUGAUAACUGACGAAAUGAAAAUGUAAACGAGAUGUGUUGUUUCACAGUCCUCAGAAUUCGGGAUUCGUUUCAGAACUUUUGAGUCAUUAUCGUUGACUCUUCUACUUCAUAUGGUUGGUAUGCAAUUUAAAAUUCCCAUCAGUAAACAAUGUGAAUAAAAUUUCUUGUACUAGUUGGUUUUUUCAUCACUGCAUUAAGAGACGUUUGUUAUUUUUUGUCUCGCCAUUCUCCAAAGCUUCAGAGUUGACAAGGUGCAACGUCAUAGAAAAAAAAACUGCAAUUGAAAAUCUUGCAAAGGCCGAAGUCACCUUCGGCAUCUUUGAUCGGAUUUUCCACUUUUGAUCAGUGUAAAUUUUAUAUAAUGUAGAUUAUUUCUAACUUGCAAUGCAAACGAAGGAAUUCCAGUACAAAACGAAAGAAAAAAUAAACAAACCAAUGAAAUAGCAAAAGCAGUUGUUUGUCCCCUUUGAUGUUUUCUCGAAUGACCUCCAUUGCCCUGAAUACUGACCAUCUUCAAAAGUAUGAUUAUAUAUAUAUAUAU